UUGAUUUUAGUCUUGAGCGUAGCCGAUGGGCGGCUCCUAUUCAUGACCAAAGGGUUGACCCCGCCGGAGGGCCGCCGCGGUGAGCAGCAGCAGGCGUCCCCGCAGAACGAGCCAAUCACAGAUCAGGACGGGGCUGCACGCGUGUUUUGAACGGUUCUCAAACGGCUUGAGCCGAGAGCAGGUCAGGACGGAGCCGACCUGAGACAUUUUAAACAUUUUAAAGUUUUAAAGCUUAAGAAGCGACCAUGAGAAAAAGCGAGGUGCUUGCAGCAGAAGCGGUGUCGUGCCUGAACAAGGCGCUGUGCCACCUGAAGGACAUCUGGGAGGAGAUCGGCAUCCCGGAGGACCAGAGGCUGCAGAGAACCAACGUGGUGAAGACUCACAUCAAGAAUUUACUUGAAAUGAUGAUUAAAGAAGAGGAUUCUCUGAAAACCAGACUCGUAAACAGCAUUGAAGCAUGUAAGGUUGAAAUGGAGAAACUCUGCUUGGACCUCCGAAUGACGGUUUUUGAGGAGGAGAGAGGCGUUAGCAUCCUCCAGCAGGAGAAGAACAUCCGCACACAGGUGGAGGCUCUGACGGCGGAGAAAACCCAGCGGAUGCAGCAGCUGAAAGCCCUGCUGGAUCAGGACCAGGACUUGUGCGAUAUUUUGUGCUCCAUGCCGUACGGCAUCGUUCCAGACUCUGUCCCCUCGCUGGAGCAGCUGGAGAACUUCCGCCAACACAUCACCAACCAGAAUGACGAGAAGGAAAAGCGCUAUGCUGAGUUCAUGGACAUCAAGAAGCAGAUCAUUGUUCACAUGGAGGUGCUGGACCACGUCCCAGAGACCAGCUUUGAGAAGGACGUUGUCUGUGAGGAUGAAGACUCCUUCUGCCUUUCAAGAGACAAUAUCACAUCAGUCAAACUGCUUCUUUGCCAGCUGGAGGAACGCAAAGCGUCUAACGAGGCGACAUGUGAAAGUCACAGAGAAAACAUCCAGCGGCUGUGGGACAGACUAGAGGUUCCCCAAGAGGAGAGGGAGGUGUUCAACGAACACAUGGUCUCAUCCCGGAGGAGGAACCUGGAAGCGUUACAAGCAGAAGUCCAGCGCCUACAAGCACUCAAAAUGCUGAACAUCCAUAACGUCACAGAGGCGAUCCGCUCUGAGAUCGCCGUGUUUUGGGAAAAGUGUUUCUUCAGCACUGAUCAGCGGCAGGAUUUUGCACCCUAUUUCAGCGAGGAUUUUGAUGAGGAACUGUUGACUCUGCACGAUGCUGAGAUCCAGCGUUUGAGGCAGCAUUAUGAGGAGCACAAGGAGCUUUUUGAAGGCAUCCACAGAUGGGAAGAAAGUUGGAGACUCUUCUUGGAACUGGAGAAAAAAGCGUCAGAUCCAACAAGAUUCACCAACAGAGGAGGAAAUCUUCUAAAAGAGGAGAAACAGAGAUCCGAGCUGCAUAAAAACCUGCCAAAGCUUGAAAAGAAAUUGAAAGCUCAGAUUGACGCCUGGGAGAGUGAGCAGGGCCGCGAGUUCUUUGUGAACGGCCAGAAAUUUCUGGAGUAUGUGGAGGAACAGUGGGAGCUGCACCGAAUCGAGAAGGAAAAAGAAAAACUGGAGCGGCACCUGAAGAAGAACAAACAGACUGAGGAGGACAUGCUGUACGGGACAGCAGUACGGACGCCAACCAAGCGCAGAUUCCUCGGCACAAACACGCCAAAUAAGUCACGGAAGAUGAUUAAUGCCACUUCCAGCGUUUCUAGCGCCACGUCUAACAGCACCAUGCGCUCUGCCUUUGGUGGGACUGUCUGUCGCUCACCCGUGCCCCGCCCUCCCCUCUCUGCAAACAAGGUUCCAGCAGCACGAACACCAGGUGGCAGCAAACCCCCCCACCCGAGGCUUCAAGGCUGCAACAAGGAGAACGAGCUCCAGUUCAAGGGGACCCCUCUGAGUGGUGCGUUGCAGACUCCACCCUGUCCACAGCGUAACUUCAGCAUAGCCUCUGUUGCCAGCACAUAUUCAGAAUUUGUGAGGGGCUUGGACACUGAAUCUGUUCAGUCAAGCGAGACCUUUCCAAGGCCUCUAACACCAAGGUCCAGCACAACGUCCUGAACUCCACCUCCACCAAACUUUGACCUGUCCACGCUGAGGGUUCAGAUCCCUGUCCCUCUAAUGGAGAUCCGGUCUGACUCUGUCUCGCUACCGCUCCCAGUUAUCAGCUUUUUAUAAGUAAAUGAAGGUAAUAUAUAAUGUGUUAAGACUUUGGACAAGGAAUCGGUCUUCUGCUGCCAUUGCCCAGUCUGUCGUUGGCUGUUUGAGGAAAAAAUUGUUUAUAUUAUAAAUGAAACUAACACUAAAACUAAAGUAAUACACACACGCCUUCCAGAUUUUGCAAUUAGUCAAAUGCACUAACUAAGAUAUUUAUCCAAAACUGCACAAUGUUUUUUUUUUUUUUUUUUAAACUGAAGAAUUCAGCUUUCUGAAGUUUUCUUUCUGGAGACACGACCAAAUGGAUUCAUGAAUAUAUUGCACUUUUUUUUUUCUUUAAUUUUUUUAGAAGAUAUUUUGCCAAAUGUAUUGUCAUUUUACACGGAUUCACACUGUUCCUUCCAAAUCUCUCUUUAUGAAAAUAAGCUUGUGUAUAUAUUUCUGUAUCUCCUGUUUUUCUUUAUAGGAAAAGAUGUUGACUGUUAAGCCUGUUGUAUUGGUGCUUAUGAAUAGUUGAGUCAAACCAGUGGUUCGCUGGCUGAGGUGAUCAAAGAUUGUGAAAAUAAAAUACACUUUUUUUUUUUUAAAU